AUGUGCAACUCAUUCCAGAAGGCUUCGGAACGUGAAUCUGAUGAAGCACCAGGAGCAGCAUCGCCGGCCGCACCGCCUGCUCCAAAACCACCAGCUGUUGGAGGGAUCGCAGGGACACAUGAUCCGAACUAUCAAACGCUGGCCGGUGUCGGUGGUGAUAUCUUUGGAGCGGAUAAGAAAGGAGGUGGUGAUGCACCAAACCUGCCGCUCCUGCUGUAG